UAGAUAAAACGUUAGACAAAAAAAAAGUAGAAUAUUCUUCUUGUUUGAUCGGAGUCAAGAACUGACAAAUUAAAAAAAAAAAGUUGUACAAAAAUGCGUGAACCAUUUUGUAAAGCUCGUCAAUAUAUAGUUAUGCUUUUGGUGGCGGAGGUUAUGCUCGGCAUCAUGAUUAUCGUAUUGACAUACGUUUAUCAUCGCAUUCUUAGCGGUUAUCUUGAUGAACUUGAAUGCAAGCUGCUCAGUGGUCAAUUAUUCAACACAUACUUGUUAGGAAUCCAGAUUAUCAUCACCUACUUUUGUAGUAUAUUCAUGUGGCAACGCUUGUGGGGUCGCCAGUUUUCCUCCAAUGUUCUAUUGUUGUUAAAUCUGUGGACUUUAUUCAGUUCAAUGAUAGUUUUUUGUGGAUUCGGAUCGGUCUAUUAUUUGUUGAAUUGUGCUGAUUCGUUUGAACGCAUGGUGGAGACUUCGCUAUUAACAGGAAUCGACAUGUACUACACGUGCGCGGAAUGGAAGUAUCUGUGGGAUGGUUUGCAAUUUCAUCAAGAGUGCUGUGGUGUGUACGGAUACGGUGACUGGGUUAAGGCUUCAUGGAUGCCGAGCUCAAGUGGGUCUUGUCUGACCAGCAACAAAGAAUCUGUUUAUGCUCCUUACGCUUGCUGUAAACACGAUUGUAAGAACUGCUUUGAGAACUACGUGUCACAUCAUAACGGUGGCGGUGCAAUGCCUUUACUAAAUUUGGCUGACAUAAACACCGUUGGCUGCCUACCUAUAUUCAAGCACAGCAUGUGGAAGAUUUUGUAUGUCCUUCUGGGACUUAUAAUAGUAGCAUUUAAUCUAGACAUACUAAUUUGUUGCAUGACCAAGUACAUAACAUCAAAACAAAUUCUAGAUGAUUGUGAAGAUCCCUACGACCAUUCUUACGCAGAGGAUGAUCCAAAUCUUUUAGUUGUGAAAUACCCAUCGAGUGUGCGUUGCGUUUUGUAUAACCAGGAAAACACAACAAAUGAUUCUUGCAAGAACAAUAAUCCAAAAAUUGGGGAACCAAUCACACCUGUCAACAAGUGUCAGUGUUGCUCUAAACACAAACACUGCGUAACAAUAGAAGAUGAUCCUGAGAACUAAAAGCGUUACUCGCUUUUUAACAAGAAACAACAACAAAAAGCAUGAAUGCCAAUUUAUUUAUUACAUAUAAAUGUUUAUUUUUAUUAUAUUAUAUAUUUUGAUCAUUGAAUUAAAUAUAAAAUCUCCAUUUGAUUUUGGUGGCUUUCACCUGUU